UUUGUACUAGAUUUCACGGAGCCCAAAUGGCUGAUUCUGUAUUACCAUGUAAUCGGUGUACUAUCAAUUAAUUUGAACAUUUUUUGCAUCUAUCUCCUACAAUAUCAGUGCAAACAACUCGAAAAGUUUCGAUACUGGAUCAUUGCUUAUCAGGUCGGCUGCUUUAUCACAGAUAUCAUUAUCACUGUUUUAAUGCAACCUGUCCCAUUAUACCCUUUACUGGCUUGUUAUACAGUGGGGAUACUAUCCAGCUGGUUUGAUAUCCAACCUGUUUAUUCUUGUUAUAUAGUGUGUGACUUUAUUGCUGUGCAGUUUGUAUUACUUGGUGUAUCAUUUGUCAAAAAACAUCGUACUGUUAGUUCGCUAGCGGACUCUUUUGCUUUUCCAAUACAAUUUGAUUAUUUGAUUUUCUUUUUUCUCAUUUUUGGAAUCGUUGUGGGAGAUUUAUUUGCCUACUCAGAGCGUCUUACAGAAGAAGAGCAAUGGGAACUGAUAAAGGAGGUCGUUCCGAACUAUGUCGAGGGCUUUCGAUCUCUCCCAAACUUUGUCGUUAUACCCAGAAGUCCGUAUGUCCUUUACCCAUUAUUUUUUGUACUAUUUAUAGGAAUUCUGGUGGUUGUAUCAGUUUUCCUUCUUAUUUUUGACACUUUUCGAAAAAUGCAUCGAUUGAAACAAAAAGUUGCUCUGGUGAACUAUCAGAGGCACGCACAGGGAGUCAGAUUCUUAGUGGUCCAAGUCAUAAAGGCCGGUUUAUCAAUGUUUCCGAUUCUUAUAUUGGCUGUUUCUCUUUUAUUUGCACUCCCAGAUGCGCAAAAGACUGGCCAAAUAUAUAUUGCCUGUUUUACUGCUCACUCGUCGUUGAAUAUCAUUGCACUAUUGAUAUUUUUCCCACCGUUUAAACUAUUCCUCAAAAAGAAUUUG